UACCGAUUGUUUUAAAACCAUACAUCCAAAAAUAAUCAUUCUCAAAUACCAUUCGAGUAGUGAGAUAUGUCUUCACUCAUAAAGUGUUAAAAAUUUAGACUGAGUUAAUGUAAGGGUUUCACCUGAAAUUGAUUUCCUCUCUCGCUGCAGCUGAUCAUAGAGAGGUGGAAUAUUGACCGUUAUGGACCGUAUCUUUCAGACUUACAUCAGGCGAAAAAAGAAAACAAUACCAGAUUUUGAUAUUAGAAAGUGUGAUUUUGGUUCUAAUAAACCGGGCUCUGACAAACUCAAUGCUAAACUUGGGAAUCAAGAAGUGGAGAGUGAGUAUGCUUGGCUUCUUAUAUUAUGCUUAAUUGAAACUGAUAAACAGACAAAAGACACCACACGCGAGGAUCAAAAUGAAUAUGAAAGCGAAAACGGAGAUGAAGAUGAAGAUGCACAUGUAGAUGAAAACAAUAAAGAUCCUGAAUAUCUCCUGUUUUUAGAGAAUCUCUCCGAACAUGGUAAAUCAUACAAGCUGAAAAUUUCUCGAGAUGAUGAGGAACCUUGUUUUCUGUAUUAUGAAGAGCAGGUUAGUUCAGAUUGGUGUGGUGACCUUCAAACAUGUACUGAUGAUAGUGGAGAUGAAGUAACCGUUUCUGAAGAUAUGCAAAUCAAGCAGCAGGCUAAAAGGAAGCGGAAUGAAAAGAGUGGUCCGAUUUCUACUAAAAAAGAAGUUUCUAAAAGAAAGAAGAUUAAUGAUCGUAAGACUGUAACACAGUCCCCUCGAGACCAGGGUAUGACUGUGCACAUUAAAGAGGAACCUGUGGAAAAUGAAAAGAACGUUACAACUUGUGAUUCAGAUUCAGAUGUAGUGAUUUUGGAUGACGUUCAGAAGUGCAGUGAAGUAAAUAAUAAACAACUAGUGGUAGCAGAAAAAGAACCAUCGUUAAGGGAGAAGCUGAUGUGCAUUCUUAAGCAUCCAUAUGAUGAAGAGGAGUAUAAACUCCUUUCAGAAUAUAUAGAGAAAAAGAAGCCAGUAUGUCGACGUAGACCCUUGCGUAAUGGCAGGUCGAGAGAAAUUCCUGAGGCUGGAGUGAACAAGUCGGUGCUUAAUUAUGGCCCUGAAAGAUUUCAACUGAUGCUCGAUGCUGCCCGCAAGGAUCCACCUAAAGCUCUUAAUCUCCUGCGGAUGUUUCGCUUCUGGCUAGAACAUGCCCCCAACGACGAUGCAUUUCAACCAUGGAGAGAGAAGCGGUUUCUGAAGGUGCGACCAAGUAAGAAGAAUGCUCUUAAUCACAUGCAGCAGCAGCUGCUUUUGAAGGAUAAAUGACUAAUAUUAUGACUUAAAAGCCGUUUGUACAAAAUGGUAGUUUAAGAUAACCAUGACCCAUAUGGUUUAUACAAUGGGUUUGGUCUCUCUUAUGAAUGUUGUUGACUUAAUAAUAUAUGUUCAGGUGGGCCCCCACCAUCCACUGAUAUUAAUCAUUGUAAUUAUUUAAUUAAGAUAAUCUAAACUUUUAUUUCUAUUUUUCCAAA